CGCCUUUCGUGAUAUGAAAAUGAUGCUAAUUUAUUUUUUUCAAAUCAAAUCGAGUUGGCGUAUAAUAUCGCGCACGCGCAUGGAAUUUCGUCGUAGUUGCCGUUUGGUGCAAAUUUUGACAGAGGGCAGCAGCUGGUGAUCGUUGAAAGAAAAGGCAUAUGGCGUACGUUUCUAUAUUUGCUUGACAAAAAUUAGUAUUUUUAAAUAGUUGUGUGUGUGGUGAAUUGGAAAGCUCGAAUUUCAAUCGAUUCGGUAUUCCUCAAUUUCUCGAUCAUCAAGUGCGUUUCAACAAAAAAGUAUUCUCUCGAGCGAUCCGAUUUAAUUUAUUUUAUAGAAGUUUACGUGUUUACUGUAUGUUGAGUUAAUAAUUGUUGACGAAUAUAAAACCGACCUGUGAUAUUAAAAUAGUGUUAUUAUAUAGGUUUUCUUUAUACAAUUUUUGAUUAUUUAUUGUACAACCUAGAAUAGGAACUUAGUAGCUGACUCUAGUAAAGUGUAACCAAAGAACGUCCACUGAAAUGUCGGAAAACGGCUCCGAUAUUGAACAAAUAACGUCGUCGAAUUCGAGUGACAAGCAGUCUAAAAAUGGAGAUGAGCAGAUCCAGAGUAUGAGUGUUGGCGAGAUAGACCCGGCUAUUCUUUAUGUUCGCGAGAGAGUCAAGAUCCAGUAUUCGAAGGAGCAACUUUUGGAGAUUGCGAAGAACCCUGUGUCGAAGGCCAAGCCUGACUUUCUAGAUCCCAAUGAAGUGUCCAGUUCGAUUUUGGAUCCUGAAAAGUGGAAUCUGGAAAGGAAGAAGUCUGAUACGCCCGAAGUUGCACUGAAGGCUAUUGAGAAUGGCGACACCAGGAGACGACCCAAUGAUCCACGCGAAAGAAUUCGCAAGGAGAACGAUGGGAUCGUGCUUAGCCCUCAGCGCAGGAGCUUCAACACUGGUUGUUUCGUUCCCGCUAACAAGGAACCUGUGGGAGGAAAAAACGAUCCACCUCCCCACAUGAUGGUUCCAGGUGUACGGGAAAUUCCUUCUUCAACUAGACGAAUUGGCAGCGGAAGAAUCAUGCGUGACUCUUGGGACAGUGAGAAGGAUUCUGGAGAACCUGAAUUCGGCUUUGGAAGGGGCGCGCAGUCAAGGAACAACGACCGCGAAGAUAAAUUUGGCGAACGAAACCCAAGAGAAGAGAAUAAAUUUGAGAGACGAUCUUUCGGCAGGGACAUGGAUAAUGGAAAAGACAAGGAAGUGGGUAACAGGCGAAAUUCGAGAUAUAGCGAGACCAGGCGCAGGUAUUCUGAGAAUACCAGAGAGGAUGAACCAGAAUGGUUUUCGUCUGGUCCCAUCUCACAAAACGAUACCAUCGAACUGCGUGGAUUUGAUGAACCGGAAAAGCCGUCGAAUCGCAAGAAGAGGGUGAGUGCGUCGCAAAUGAAGAGGUCAAUUGAACGUGCCAAAGAUUGGAACAAGAAGAAAGAGGUCAUAGUAGAGGGUGCGGAGAGGGACGACGAUGAGCCAAGUCCAUCUAGCUACCAUGAAUCUGGAGGUGAUAAUGAUGAACAUCAUGACGAGCCAAAAGAUCACAGUGCUGGCCAACAACAUGCUUCAAAAGCUUCUCAGAAUACGUUUGAUUUUGAUGAGUUUUUGAAAGGAGAAAACAUUCCAGGUUUAUUAGCAAAUGGUGUGGGAGAGGAGGCAGAAACAUCGACUUCCAGAUUCAGUCGUUGGUUCAGAAAGGACAGUCCUAGUAAUGAUACGGAAGCUGGUCGUUGUUCUUCAAUGAAAGAAGACAACCAUAUUAUGAAAGACCUGCUGAAAGACCUCAACGAAUCCAGUUCCAUUCCAGUAUCGGUCAAUCCUUCAAUGGAUCCUAACACCUAUUUUGCGCCUAUCUCUCCUGCCGGUAAUACUAUCGACGACAAAGCUCGUUCCGUUAUGAAUAUGAGUCAAUCCGUUAACAUCAUGGAAAUGCUCGCCAGAAGUAAGCAGCCACCGCACCAACAAAAACCGGAAGGGUGGAAUAUGAAGCAGCAAUUACCACCAAUAGGUGGCAAGAUCCUAAGUUUGGACGAACUAGAGGCCAAUAUUCGGCAAAAUUCCGAUCAUACAUCAAACAUGCAUCAGAAAUCUGCUCCGGCAAAACCUGAUAAAAAAUCCACUGCUGCUUUUCAAAAACUACUUCAGCAGGCUGGUGGUCAUACAGCGUCCCAGAACGGACCUAUGAAACAGCCCGCUAUGAGUCUUUUGGAGAUGUUAAGUCACUCACAGCAGCAGGAUGAAGCUCGCUUCGCCGCGGCCCAAGCGCAGCAUCAAAUGCUUAGUUCCGGCCUUCACUCGCAGCAACAACCUCAGCAGUCGCAAAUCAAUGAUCUCACUAUGAAGCUGCAACAGGCGCAACUGCAACAGAAACAGAUGGACAUGCUUGGAAAGUUGAUGUCAGCAGGAGCUGGUUCCACAGCGUCGCAUAUGCGAGCUAGUCCUCUUUUGGAAAUGGGACCGCAGCAAAGCAGGGAACUGCUGAAUCGGCCCGAAGCACAGGCCAUUUUGCAAGGGCUUAAACGAGGAGAACUGACAGUCCAGCACCUCUACCAGCAACUGGCCAAUCCGGCAUUGCAGCCGCGCCAUCGCGACAUGCUGCUCACUAUCCUGAAGUUGCCCGGUAACUCGGCCAGUUACGGGCCGAGUCCGCGGGUUUUGAGUCCAGUACCUCCACAUCACUUGUAUCCUUCGCAGCAAUCCAAUCAGAUGCAGCAGCAACAGCUGAGAGUGUCUCCGUUGCCGCCCGCCGCUAUGCACCAACGCAUCCCGUCGCCUCGCGAACUUCAAGUUCACACGCAGAACAUUCUGCAAAGGGCGCUGAUCAAGAAGAAGCUUGAGGAGCAGACUGAGAACUUCCGCAAAAAGCAGGAGAUGCAACGCGGCGCGAGUCCCAAUCCAAUUGGAAAUCAGCAGAGUGGAGGCAAAAGCGUCAUGUCGCCUACACCGCUCGCUUUUACUCCCACAUCGGUUUUGAGAAAAAUGACUGCAGAUAAAGAAGAAGGAAAAGAGAAUAAGGCUGUUACCGACAAUGGUAUUAAACCGCAAGGUCGUGCUCUGACUGGCAUGCGCCAGCAACCGCAAGUCACUGUUGGCAACCAACAGUGGAAUCAACCAUUCCAAAUGAAACAAGCCGGCCGCCCGAUAGUAAAAGCAAAUAACUAUCAAUCACAAACACCUGAUCAAUUCUUCGCUCAACUAGCUGCUCAACAGCAACCGUUGCCCCAGCAGCGCACUUACCAGGCAGUCCCAACUGCGCCCCACCGCAAGCCGAUUAUUGGACAGCAAUAUCAACAACAGCAAGCAUCCCAAUACGGGCAAUCUCAACAACAAUAUUCCCAUCCUAAUCCUCAGUCCUUCCCUUCACAGCCCACGGCGCAACAGUUAAGGGCGCAACACCAACACAGGCCUACCACUACCGUACAGCCGCAAGCCACUCCGGUGGGUCCGGCCGUGCAGCCGCAGCCGCAAGUGCAACAGCCUCAAGGACCGCCUCCGCAGGCGGCAACGACGACGCAAAAGCAGCCAAUGGGGUUUCAGCAGCAAGGGCUACAGCAACAGCAGACGAAUCCCUUGUGGCAACAGUUCUUUAAUUCGGCAGCCCAACAAAAUUCUCGCCAAGCCGGUCAUCGAAGCCAACAAUCUGGGGCUCUCUCUCCCUCUACAGCUGACCAGUUAACUCGCUGGUUCUCGCCUGAUUUGUUAGAGCGUGCUCGCGUCGGCGAUCUUCCUAGCACGGCCAAUUUGGCACGUUUGGAAGAGAUUGAACGCCAGGCGGCAGCACCAGUACAUAACUAGAGCUGCUGAAAAUGAACGGAUCGGUAAGUCAACCUGCGCAUGGCUGGCAGUUCAUGUUGGAGUUCGCUUUUGUGAUUUGUUCCUGGUGUGAUUUGUUCCUGGUGUUUGAUUUUUAGUUUAAAGUAGCUUUUAUUUUGUAUCUGUUUAU